AUGGGUCAGCACACCGAUUCUGUCUCCAUCCCGCGCCGGCUCUUCGGGGCUUUGGUCCUCGGAGCCGGCCUCGCCGCCGGCGCAAUUGCUUCCGUAGUGCCUGCAGCUGACAUGGCUCACGUCCAUGACCACAACAACAUACACACCCGUGGCGUGCCUAGAGAUCAUGGUCCCGGGGCCACUGCGCCGGUGCGCCCAUUCCGACUUGACCAAGUUCGCCUAGGGGACGGCCUCUUGCAGGAGAAGCGAGACAGGAUCAAAACCUUCCUGAGGGAGUAUGACGAGCGUCGCUUCCUGAUUCUGUUCAACAACCAGGCAGGGAGGCCGAGCCCGCCUGGCCUUCCGGUGCCCGGCGGUUGGGAAGAUGGGGGCUUGCUGAGUGGACACUGGGCAGGCCACUUCAUGACAGCAUUGUCUCAGGCUUUCGCAGACCAGGGCGAGGAGGUCUACAAAACCAAACUAGACUGGAUGGUCAAGGAGCUGGCGGCCUGUCAGGAUGCUAUAACUGCUCGGAUGGGUGAAGGGAAUGGAGGAGGAGGUGCCCAGCCAGAGCCGAAUCCCGGGAGCAUUGGACGCGUUCAGGGCAAAUUCGGCAAGGCCCUUCGUCUCGGCGACACUAGACAGGCAGGAUACGUAACCCUUCCGCAGGAGACCAUAAACCAGCUCAGCGACUUCACAAUCGCAACAUGGGUGAACCUCCCUGUGGCUCAGGUCUGGAGUCGUUUGUUUGACUUUGGUCAUGAUGCCACCAUCAACAUGUUCCUGACACCCUAUGCUGGUGAUUCAAACAGCGGACCGCGCUUUGCCAUCACCACGGGUGGCUCCGGUCAAGAACAGCGAAUCGACGGAAAUGCAACAAUCCCCACGGGCGAAUGGCUGCAUAUCGCCGUCACUCAGACCGGUAACACAGGCAUCCUCUACAUCAACGGCGAGGCGUCUGGCACCAAUACCGCCAUGACCCUUGGCCCAGCUAAUCUGGACAAUCCUGGAAAUCGCUGGAUCGGCCGUUCGCAAUAUGGCGACCCGCUACUCAACGCCACCCUCGACGAGUUUCAUAUUUUCAGUCGCGCCCUCAAUGUCACCGAAAUACAAUCUCUGCUCACUUCUGCCGCAGGCUCAACAGGCGGGGGCAACAUUGCAUGGUACAAAUUUGACGAGGAAGGAGGUGGCUCAGCAAUCACGGACUCUUCGCCCAACGCUCGAGAUGCCGGGGUUGUAGGAUCAGAAGACGACGGUUCUGGUGGUGGUGGUGGUAACUGGAUCCCAACGCACCCUGGCUAUCUUGGUGCACUUCCAGAAGACACUGUCCUGCGGCUUGGCCCGCCGCGCUGGGCCGUGUAUGGGGGCAAUCAGCAGACGAAUACCUGGGCUCCGUGGUAUACUCAACACAAGAUCAUGCGUGGGUUGCUGGAUGCCUAUUACAACACCAACAACUCUCAGGCCCUCGAGGUUGUAACGCGCAUGGCGGACUGGGCGCAUCUUGCGCUUACCGUCGGGGACAAGAACCACCCCGAAUACAGGGGUAAUCUCACUCGAGACGACUUGAACUAUAUGUGGGAUCUCUACAUUGCUGGAGAAUUCGGCGGCGCAAACGAAGUAUUCCCCGAGAUAUACCAGUUGACGGGUGAUGCCAAGCAUCUAGAGACAGCCAAGGCCUUUGACAACCGCGAGUCGCUCUUUGAUGCUGCCGUCAAUGAUCAGGACAUCUUGGUCGUGCGGCCGCAAGACAAGCCGGGUCGGAGGCGGCCUGAGAGGCUCCACGCCAAUACCCAUGUGCCGCAGUUCAUUGGCUACAUGCGCAUCUUUGAGCAGGGAGGAGGCCAAGAGUAUUUUGACGCAGCCAAGAACUUUUACGGCUGGGUCGUCCCGCAUCGCGAAUUUGCAAGCGGCGGCACCGGCGGGAACUACCCCGGGUCCAACGACAACCCCGAGCUGUUCCAAAACAGAGGCAACAUUGCGAAUGCCAUGGCCAGCAACGGAGCCGAGACUUGUACUGCCUACAACAUGCUCAAGCUGGCAAGGAAUCUGUUCCUCCACGAGCACAACGCCACCUACAUGGACACAUACGAGAGGGGGUUGUUCAACAUGAUACCCGGGUCUAGAGCCGACACCGCGGGUAGUGCCGGAGACCCCCAGCUGACCUACUUCCAACCCCUGACGCCUGGCUCGAACCGAGCUUACGGAAACACAGGCACCUGCUGUGGAGGAACGGGCUUGGAAAGCCACACCAAAUAUCAGGAGACGGUUUACCUCAGGUCGGCCGACGGGUCAACUCUAUGGAUCAACCUGUAUGUUCCCAGCACGCUCACCUGGGAGGAGAAGGGGAUCACGGUGAAGCAGGAGACUGCAUUCCCCAGGGGCGACUCGGUAAAGUUCACUGUGACAACCACGGGCGAUCAAGGACCUUUGGACAUCAAACUUCGCGUCCCGGCCUGGGUCCAGAAAACACCGAGCGGUUUCAACGUCAGCAUCAACGGGGAGCAGCUUCAACCUGGGGAAGAGCCCACACCGGGCAGCUACGUGACGGUGAGUCGCACCUGGGCCUCUGGCGACGUUGUCGAGAUCAAAAUGCCAUUUGCGGUCCGCAUCGAGCGCGCCCUCGACCGGCCAGACACGCAGGCCAUCAUGUGGGGGCCGGUGCUGCUGCAGGUCCUGGGCACGCCGCCCGGCGGCAGGGGGAGCUUCUGGGAGCUGUCGCUGUACAAGCACCUCCGGCGCGACGGAGACUACGUCAAGGGCGGCGCCGUCGCCAGGACGGGCACCGCGGCCAACGGAGACCCGCUCUUCACCAUCGCCGCCAACGCAAGCAGCCUCCCGGCGCGGCCGUACUACAUUGGCGACACGGCGCCGGCGUCCAGCUACUUUCGGCGCGUGGAGCCGGCCGUCGUCUUUGGCGACCUGGACACGGGCGUGCCGAACCGGAAGCGCGACGACGGCCUGCCCAAGUACGACAUGCCGGUCGCCGGGAUCGAGUCGCCGGGGAGCGACGGGCCGACGUUUUUGGACGUCCUGUGGGAUGGCGCGCCCUUUGCCGACCAUGAAGCGUUUGUGCGGGCCGUCGAGGACGUCGUCGCCGAGUUUGUCGGCAAGGGUAUCUACACCAAGGACGACGGCGAUAUCAUCCUGCAGCGCGCGAGAGAGUCGGAGCAGGAACUGAUGCCUGUAGUCUGA